AGUCAUAAUGGAAAAUGUCGGUCGCUUAAAUACUAUUUGAGGUCUUAACCUUUGUGAGUCGGAGAUUAUCAUUGAGGGAUGAAACAAUGAUGUCUAUCAACAAAUUUUUGGGCUGGAAAAUUUGAUAAAUUAACCUUACAAUUGAAGCCAAAUACAGAAUUUUUUUUUCUGAUUUCGAUAGACUGAAAUUAUAAAAAUGUUCGGAAUAAAAUUGAAAAGUGCGGAGGAUACGUCUGGAAGAAUUGAACGGCAUUGAAUUACCCGGGGCGAUGUAUUAUGUGUGGGGUAAGCCGUCGAUAUCAAGGCCAACGCAGACGCGUCCGGCCCAGCAACCGACAGCCAGUGCGAGAAAACGAGAAAAAUGCAAGAGAAAACGCCAGAACUUGGUCUGGAGUCCCGAGGAAGAGGUCUGGCACGAGCCUUAUAUGGUGUGCCUCCACAAAGAUUUUUCCGAUGCAUCAAUUCGAUGUGACUCGACACUGGAACUCCCCUGGAAGGACAUAGCUCUUCCACUGACUGGGAUGCGCAUCAGACCGGAAGUGCGAGUGCCAUUGACUGUUGACGAUGAGGAGGGAGAUACGGAGAAGAUUGAGGAGCCGGAGAAAAAAGAGUCGACUGGCCGCAUGGAGCUACCCUGGCACGACCUCCUCGUGUCAGACGUGGUGAUGCCCCAGAUAUCCCCGGACCUCGCCGCCUGUGACUCCAGAGUGGAGAUCCCUUGGGGCCAACUAUCGUUCGAGGAGCCCCCAGAAAUCAAGCCCCCACCAGUCAAGCGUACGUGCUCCGGAGACGCCAUAGAGGUGCCCUGGGACGACAUCAUGAUACCCAGGAAUAUAAUCAUUGCCACUAAGGCCCGAAAACACCCGUCAAAUACGACAAAACGUCGCCCGGAGGGCCCCGAAAAAUGCCAGCCCUGCAAUCGCAGCCCCAAAGAACAGAAAACCAGUCGAAAAAUACCUGUCAUCAAGUGCCCGGCUGUCAGAAAAUAAUCGCUGAGUUGAGUCCAUCGGUGGAGAAAUCAAUUUGAUUUUUUUUUCAUUAAUUUUCGAGGACUUUCGAGGCUUUGGGUUGUCCUGAAAUGUGGUUUUAUGCGGAUUUUAAUUACCGGGUUUGAAAAAUAAAAAGUUAUUGGCUAUUAAAUGCAGCUGCAUUGUGACGUCGUAAUACAGA